AUGCCUCGGACUGGUGCUUUAUGCACCUCAUUGCUAGGCAUCCGCCUCGAAGGGAAUCAACCUUCAUACUCCCCAGGCGACACAAUCAUCGGAACUGUCUAUAGGAGGAAUCACGUAGUCAGCGCAAAUGCUUCAAUCUUCAUUUCAGUGUCGGGCAGGUCCAAGACCAAGAUGGUAGUCAGCAGGGGAAACAGCAGCUCCACCUACAGAGGCCGUUUCAACCUCAUCCCGCCCAGAAAUCGACAAAAGAUCUUUGGAGGUCCCAUCCACAUCGAAGUUGGAGGCGACGAGCAGGCCUGGCCUUUUGCCAUCACUCUGCCCAAAUACGUCGAUCCGGAUCAUCUGCAAAAUGGAGAUCAGAGCGAGAGCUUCUUGCCCUUGCGCACGGCGGACCACGUUCUCCCGUCGACAUAUGCGUAUCCCACUGUGGGUCAUACCGAGGCUUUUGUCGAGUACUUCUUGACAGCUACAAUGCAACUUGGUGGAAAAGGCGAUACACUUGAAGCCACCCUUCCGAUUACGGUGAUGAGCCUGGACCCGAACCCUCCCAUCGCAGAUUUUGAGCUCAAAAAGGCGCGGAGUAUUCACCAGAUUGUGACCUAUCGUCUAGUUCCGGGUAUGGAUGAGGUCAAGCUCUCAUUCUCACAAAAGUUCAAACAGGUCCUCCAGACAACUAGCGUUCCCGUAUUUGCCUUUAACCUGUUUAUUGGUGUUCCAACCGCUAUCCAGCUCGACAAUCCCAACCCUUUACCUCUGCUGUUACACAUCGUUCCAAACAAAAAGGACACGAGCCAAGUCCUUCACGAUGUGCCACAAAAGGUCAAAUUGGGAUUCCUUGCUAUCCAUGUUGUUACAACUACGGAAAUCAUGUGCGAAGGGUCAUUUACUCCCCAUACAAAGGACAAAAACGCAGAAAUUAACCUUUGUCUCAUGAAUGCUCUUUCCAUCGCCAAAGAUGGCAUAUAUAUACCAUGUGAAAACAACUGUACCCCCAUCAAUAUCGGAGCCAUGCUUGAUUUGCGUCUCGGAUGUUUUGGCACCGGUUUCCCUCAUCGCCACGGGGGGUCUCGGUCUUUCAACCCAAGUUUUACCACAUACAACAUCCGUCAAACGCACAAGUUGAAAUGGGAAAUCAGAGGGACGAUAGCUGGAGAGUUUUUCAAAGAGCACGGGGCUAUACCAGUCAAGUUGCUGGCCCCGAGUGACGAACGAGGGUCGGGGCGGUUUGAACCGGAUGUCAAGGUCCCUGUCCCAAAUGCUGAAGCCGCAGGAGAAAGUGAAACUAUUGCCGGACCUUCCCAAGUACAACGGAACGAGUCAUGGAUCCAGCCUCCAGCUGAAGAUGAGGCGCCACCUAGCUUUACUCAAGUAGUAAACGAGGAUGCAGGAUCACGUCCGCCAGAGAAGGCUAGUACUUAG